UUCUGAAAAGUGGGGACGUACAUAUAAGCUCCGUUCUUGCGGAUUGCAGCACCGCAACUAGGCCUAUCAGACCAUGAACCUUGGGCAGACGGAGUAGUGUUCCGUACGUUCUGGGCUGAACGGUCAACUUUUUACCGAUGCGCCACAAGAUGCGCUCACUGAUCCUGCUGGUUGUGUUCGGCACUCUCUUGGCCUGCUCUUGGGCCGAGAAAGCGAAGGUUGAAGGAGCGGCGGCAAAUCAACAGCAACACCAGAAAUUCCGGAAGGAAGCUGUGAAAAAGAAGGUCCUAGCGGACAUCGUCAAGGUCAAGAUAUCUAGAGCGCCUGAGAACGUCAAGCGCAAGGAGCUGAAGCACAUCUUCGACAACCUCAAGCGCUACGAGGAGAAGACGUCGGACACACUCUCCACUUCUCAGGCUGGUAAGCCCCUGCCCCAAGUACCCAGCAAGGAGGAGAUAGUUCAGGCGGUGGAGCGGCUCGAGAAACGGGCUCAGAGUUUCAACAAGCAGCAGAAGGGGAAGAUGUUGCCGAAAGCGGGGACUUCUCUCCGCCGGAUGUCUGAGGAGACCACUAAGGCCAGCACCGGGCAGCAAAGGCAACGCCGAGCUAUUCCGGCCAAGCAAGUCCGCACCUCGUUUGCUCGUGCCGCUUAAGGGUGUUGAAUUUAUCCCACAACAAUAGGUUUCCGGAACUGUUAAUUUUGCGGCAAAUGAAUAUAACAUGCAGACACCACGCUGUUUCUGUUUUGCCUGUAGUAAUGGAAAAUUUGCAUAAAUGACAACCAUCAUGUAUUUUCCAGUGUUUUGCUUCAAAUGUCUUCCCUUGAACUUUAUUGUAAAAACCCUCAUUCAGUGCUUUCUUCAAACACAAAAGCUGGAAAUAAUGUAACUUUUUUGAAGUGUUUGUUACUUCAUCAGUUUUGUAUCAUUGCUUUUAUAAGGGUAGCAUACAUUUCUGGGUUUGUUCAUUUUGUCAAAGAUGUUGAGCAUGUAAGAAAUAUUUGGUCAAGGCUGUAACUGACAGUAUCUUGGCACUGAAAACUAUGUAUUAGGCCAACGUUGUUCGUUUCUCUCACCGUCAGGUUUGCUUAAAAACGGGAUUUAGGCCUAAUGCCUAGAAUAAUUUUACACUGGAACUUUUAUCGCUGUGUAACGCGUAUUCGAUAAUUCAGAUUCACGACCAUAUAAAUACCCUUUUCAAAGUCAAAUCAAGGACCAGGAAAUUUUGGGUUACUGAACCUGAAUUGUAUGAUUGAAAAUGUUUUACAAAUGAAGAUUUGUAGUUUCUAUUUGAGGAAUAAAAUCUAAGGGCUUAC